AUGGCCGAGCAGAUGCAUGACGUGAAUGAAUAUGCCAGAUCUCUUAUUGAAGCGGUCCUUGAAUUUACUGGUACUCAAGACAAGCUUACCACUAUCGUUUGCAUGACCUGUGGGGAAAACUUUACGUCUUCUUUUCCUGAUGUGAACGGAACUGUCCCAUGUGGGAACUCCAGGAUGUGGGAAUGGGCCUAUCCUUAUGGUGGUGACAUCUAUGUUUAUAUCAGCUGUUAUAAAUACUCAAAGGAAUAUUCGCAGCAAACCAUGGACCAAAGCAUGAUUUUGGAAUUGACAACAGCAAUGACAGACAAGUUGUCGGAGUCCAAUCCUGAGCCAGCACUGAACGCUUAUCUUUACAAGACAGUCAUCGCAAUAUGGGGUUCGAAGGCCGUUACUGUUAUACGCGACCUGCAUGACCGAGCUUGA